AAUAUCCAUCUCAUUUCAUUCUCUGUUUCAGUUCCACCAUGGCGCAUCCCAUUCUGUUGCCUGGACUUCUGAUAGUAUCAUACUUUAGAGGCUUUCAAGCUGAAAAUGCCUUCUCACAGUAUUGGGAAGAACAUAUUGGCCUUCCACACCCUCCGCAUUGGUUAGCUAUGAAGGCUUCUCCAUUAAGCCUACAUCAAGAGGCAGCGUUUAUAAAACUCAUGGAGGAAAAUGAAUUGAUUUCCCACCUACGUUCAUUCUGUAAGCAAGCUAAUAUUGUUUGUUCUACAAAUGCACUAGUGAGGAAGGAAACGGAGAACACAACCCUACCACCAAUAGCCCAGUGGAAUGGUGACAAAGAUAAAUAUGAUGACCUUCCAACUGAAACACCCCUAUCAAUUGCUAGCCAAGGGGGUUUGCCAUAUUUUCGAGAGUCAAUGGUGAAAGAGGGAAGCUUCAUGCCUGUCCCUGAUCUAAGGGAUCCAAUGUCAUAUAAAUCGUUCUUACCGCGACGUCUAGCAUCAAAAAUCCCAUUUUCCUUUGCCCAGAUUAAGGAAUUGAAGAAGCUUUUUGGUGUGGUGGAUGAAUCAAACAUGGAAGAGUAUAUUCAAAACAGCCUCAAGAUAUGUGAAAUGAGCCCCAUUCGAGGUGAGCAGAGAGAGUGUGCGACUUCUGUCGAGGAUCUCAUUGAUUUUGUUGUCAAGAAAUUAGGGCACAAUGUACGUGUAUGGAGUACUGAGAGCAUCGAAGGAUCAUACGAGAAUGUAACAAUUGGAGCUGUGAAAGUCAUCCAUGGAAACUUGUUUGAACCACCAAUCAUAUGUCAUAGUCUACCAUUCCUAUUUCAAGUUUAUUAUUGCCAUGUUUUUCAGAAAGUAAAAGUAUACGCAGUUGAUAUACAUGCUAGGAAGAAAGUGAAUCAUGCAAUCAUGGCAUGCCACUAUGAUACUUCAGCUUGGAGUCCAAACCAUCUUGCUUUUAAGCUAUUGGGUUUUGGCCCAGACUUAAUUGAAGUCUGUCAUUGGAUGAACGAGAAUGGAGUGAUCUGGACAAAAACUCUACAUUGAGUAGCAUUUGAAGAUUUGAUUAUCUUCCAGUUCUCUUAUUUGUGUUACAUGUUACCACUUAUACUAUUUGAAGGAUAAAUAAUGACCUAUUUUGUCUU